AUGAAAAUCCUCCCUCCGCCACUGGGCUCUAGUACUCAAAAGAAUGAAGUAAAUGUCUCUCUAAGAUGUGGAGAUCCUGCUCGAGCCCGAGUAAAGAAUGAAGUAAAUGUACUUAAAGAUUCUGAUAUUUCUUUAUGUCCACAAGGUACACAGAGUCAAAAGUUUGUAGAGGUUGGAACGCUAGAUGAUUUUGGGAGGCUGGUUAUCGCUCCUGCUGAGACUAAUGGGUUUUUUCCCUCCCUCGAAUCUAUGAAUAUGAUUAUGGAUUCUAUAAAGUCAUUUUAUCAUGAUGCUUGGAGUUCCUGGGGCGAGAUACCUGUCUUUGACAGAGAGCAGAUGUGGAAUCACUUUAGGACGAAGUGUGCAUGGUAUCCCGAACAUGAUUAUAAGAUGUUUUGUAAUUUUGAGCUAAACGCUAUGUAUAUGUUUAACGAUAUCUUGGAGAGUGCUUGGGAAAAGAAUCAGAAGCCUGAUUGGAUGCCAGAAGGUAUUUGGGCUAGUCUUAAUGAAAAGUGGACCACUGCAAAAUUUCAAAAGACGAGCAUCAAAGCAAAGGCACCACGAGCUUCCAACAAGGGUGACUCGUUGCACAUCGGGGGUUCAGCUAGUAUGGGAACUCAUCAAAGGAAAUCGGAAAAGAAAAAAGGGAGAACUAUGACUUAUGAUAAGGUCUUAGAGGAGAAACAGGUGAAAAAGAAAAAGGAUGGUCAUGGUACUUUGGUGGAGCCACAUGUUGAGAGGACAAAUGUUGGGUAUAAAAGAAGCUUGGAUGAAUGGCGUCAAAGUCAACCUACUUCUGAGGAUGAUAGCUCAAAACAAUCCUCAGACGAGGAUGAAGCUUCAAUAUUGCCGAAGAAGAUUGGUGGAGUAAAGAAACGUAAAGCAAGCGGCCUUGGAUCAGAGCACUGUGUAGGCUGUAUCACGUAUGGAUAUACUGCUGCUUCUUUAAGUUCUCCGUUGAAACAGAAUGAGGAAGAGAUAGAUUCAUUGCGGAUACAAGUACAAGAGUUGUUGAAAAAGCAAAAAGCAGACCGUUUAAGAUUUGCUGGACUGGAGAAUCUAGUGCGUCAUCUCAUAGACAAAUGCUGAUAUGAUGAGCGUGACAAUGAGUCUGAUAGGAGCAUCAGUUUGUUGUGCUUGUGAUGUUGAAACAUUUACUUGUUUGGUUCCGUUGGGAUAUUACUUGAACGGUGUUUGGAUGUUUUAGUCUUGCUUUUGGAUGCUCUACUUGAAUGGUGUUUGGAUGUUUUAGUUAUAAACGUUUAUGUUUAAUUGUUGGAAUUUUAGGAGGUUUGAUUUUUGGGCACAGAGCAGAAAGAAUGAAAUAUUUU